CGCACGCACACACGGUGCACACGUCAGUCCGGCGCCUCCCCGUGCCCCGUCUCACGCAGGUCCUCCCGCGCCCCCGCAACACGCCCGCAGGCUCCUGUGUCUGCUGCCGGGGCAGCGGGGCCCGGAAGGCAGAAGAUGGCUGUGCCACCCACGUAUGCCGAUCUUGGCAAAUCUGCCAGGGAUGUCUUCACCAAGGGCUAUGGAUUUGGCUUAAUAAAGCUUGAUUUGAAAACAAAAUCUGAGAAUGGAUUGGAAUUUACAAGCUCAGGCUCAGCCAACACUGAGACCACCAAAGUGACGGGCAGUCUGGAAACCAAGUACAGAUGGACUGAGUACGGCCUGACGUUUACAGAGAAAUGGAAUACCGACAAUACACUAGGCACCGAGAUUACUGUGGAAGAUCAGCUUGCACGUGGACUGAAGCUGACCUUCGAUUCAUCCUUCUCACCUAACACUGGAUAUUUAUUAGAGGGAGGAUCUACCAAGUGCAGACCUGUGCUGGGUGUGCAGUGCACACAAGUGACUGGGCACACAGGGUUCCUAUCCUCUGGAGGUGUCUUCUUAUAGCCUGGCUAUAGAUGAUCUGAAGAGACCAUUGUUACGGGGCUGAUUUACUCUCAUUCCUCUUCGCUGCUGUAGUUUCUCCUGCAAGAGCACUGCCUUUUUGCAGUGCUGUGCACUCUCCCCCCAGGAACUCUGCCAUGGUAUCAGGGAGCGGUUAUCCGGAAAGAUCCUGGGAUAGGAUGAGGGGCUGGAGGAUGUGCCCACAUGCUUGAAUUUGCUGCCUGGGACUUUGCCUGCUGCCCUGGGAUAGCACACUUUGGAAUUUGUAGGCAAUUUUCUUCCCAUGACCUUAGGGAGCUUUGCAGAGGUCUCCAGGCCCUGCAGUAUAAAACACAAAGGAAAGUUUUUUGGUUUUUUUUUUUGGGGGUUGAGGGGGACGGAGUCUUGCUCUGUCGCCCAGGCUGGAGUGCAGUGGUGUGAUCUCAGCUCACUGCAACCUCCUCCUCCCGAGUUCAAGUGAUCCUUCUGCCUCAGCCUCCCAAGUAGCUGGGACUACAGACACGGGUCACCAUGCCUGGCUAAUUUUUGUAUUUUUAGUGGAGACGGGGGUUUCACCAUGAUUGGCCAGGCUGGUCUUGAACUUCUGACCUCGUGAUCCGCCUGCCUCGGCCUCCCAAAGUGCUGGGCAGAUUCAUGUGUUUCUCCUGCCUCAGCCUCCCGAGUAGCCGGGAUUACAGGAAUGCACCACCACACCCAGCUAAUUUUGUAUUUUUAAUAGAGACAGGGUCUCUCCAUGUUGGUCAGGCUGGUCUUGAACUCCUGACCUCGGGUGAUCUGCCCACCUCAGCCUCCCAAAGUGCCGGGUUUACAGGCGUGAGCCACUGCACCCGCCCCCUUUUUUUUUUUUUUAAAUUUACUUUUUAUUUCAAAAUAAUUUUAUACUUAGAAAAAAAGUGGUAAAAAUAGUAUGCAGAGUUCUCCUGUGUUCUUCACCCAGCUCCUAAUGUUAAUGGUUUACGUAACUGUAAUGAUCAGAAUCAGCAAGUUAAUGUUGAUAUCAUAUAGUUAAUUGAUCUGUUGUCACAAUGACGUCUUUUUUCUGAUCUGUGAUCCAGUUCAGGUUCCUAAAUUGCAUCUAAUUGUUAAGUCUUCUCUAAUCUGGAAUAUUUUCUGACUCUGACACUUUUGAAAAAGAGUGGCCAAUUAUUUUGUUAAGAUGUCCCUCAGUUUGGAUUUGUCUGAUGCUUCCUUAUGAUUAAAUUUAGGUUAUGCAUUUUUGGCAACUGUAGUUGUUGUGUUAUAUUCUUCUCAGCACCUGAUGUUAGGAAGAAUAUAUCAGUAGGCCUCGUUUUUGGUGAUCAGUUUUGAAGUGGUGUCUGCCAACUCUCUUCAUUGUAAAGCUACUAUUUUUCUCUUUGUAAUUAGUAAGUAUCUUGUGGGUAGACACUUUGAGAUUAUGCAGAUAUUCUAUUUCUCAUCAUACUUUUGCUCAAAAAUGGUAACAUCCAUUGGUGAUUCUUGCCUGCAACAGUUACGCUUGGCAAAUGGUGACUGGAGUGCAGUGGUGCGAUUCUGGCUCACUGCAACCUCUGCCUCCUGGGCUCCAGCAAUCCUCCUUCCUCAGCCUCCCAAGUAGCUGGGACCACAGUUGUGUGCCACCAAGCCCAGCUAAUUUUUGUAUUUUUAGUAGAGAUGAGGUUUCACCAGGUUGGCCAGGCUGGUCUAGAACUUCUCAGCUCAAGCGAUCCACCCGUCUCAGCCUCCCAAAUUGUUGGGAUUACAGGUGUGAGCCACCAAGCCUGGCUACAAAUGGUGAUUUUCUUUUCUUUUUUGUUUUUAUGAGAUGGGGUCUCACUCUGUCACCCAGGCUGGAGUGCAGUGGUAUGAUCUCGGCUCAUUGCAACCUCUGCCUCCCCGGCUCAAGGGAUCCUCCCUCCUUGGCCUCCCCAGUAGCUGGGACUACAGGUGCCUGCUGCCACCCCUGGCUGAUUUUUAUAUUUUUGGUAGAGACAGUGUUUCACCAUGUUGCUCAGUCUGGUCUCGAACUCCUGAGCUCAAGUGAUCUGCCUCCCACCUUGGCCUCCCAAAAUUCUGGGAUUACAGGUGUGAGGCCAGGCCUCAAAUGGUAAUUUUCUAUUGCCAUCCUUCCUUCACUUGUUAAUUGGUAUUCUACUGUAAGGAAGAGCUAUUUCUUCUUCCCCAUGUAUUUAUUUAAUCAAUUAUUUAUUUAUAUUAGUAUAGAUGCAUGGACAUUUACUCUAUGGGCUAUAAUCCACAGUGUCAUUUAUUUUGUUGCUCAAGUUGUCCCAGAUAUGGGCUUUGGGAGAAUACAUUCUGUGUGCUUUUUGACAAACCUCUGUCGUUUUUCAGAGCAUGUCUUUAUUUCUGGUUUUAGAAAGUGUACCACGCUCAUCUAGUACUUGUUUUUCCCCAGUCCUGCUAUCUGCCAUUUCUCCAAGGAGCCUUGGUUCUUUAUGUUGGAGAAUGAUAUUUAGAAACUAAGAUUGUAGGCCUGGCGUGGGGGCUCAUGCCUGCAAUCCCAGCACUUUGGGAUGCUGAGGCAGGCGGAUCACAAGGUCAGGUGUUUGAGACCAGCCUGGCAAAACCCUGUCUUUACUAAAAAUACAAAAAUUAGCUGGGUGUGGUGGCGCACACCUGUAAUCCCAGCUACUCAGGAGGCUGAGGCAGGAGAAUCGCUUGAACCCAGGAGGUGGAGGUUGCAGCGAGCCGAGAUGGUACCACUGCACUCCAAUGUGGGUGACAGAGCAAGACUCCGUCUCAAAAAAAAAAAAACAAAAGUAAAAUUCUGGGUGCUAGAUGUACAUAUUGCUACUGGGUAUUUGAGGAAAGUUCUGGUGGUGCAUCAUGGAGAUUAGAAAUGAAAGCUGGCUUUCCAAAGUGACUGAGGGUACAGCCUGGGAAAACACCUGGCUCCCAGGAGGAGCGGAGUGUAGACCACAUCUGGAUGAGGCCACAGACCGCAAUAAGGACCAGCACCCACACUGAGUAUCCACCACAAAUAAAGCUUGCUUGUUAACCACAAAUCAGUCAGGCCUCUCUCGGGUGCUUGUCAAAUUAGCACUACUGUUGAAAUGGCUUAAAAAUAAAUCCCAAUAAUAUCUGAAAGAGGAAGACUCCACAGACAUGGUGUGCAGUGUUAGAAAGAGACCUAGAGAGAAGCCUGAGCCACUCCCCAGCACUGCCGUUUCUCUUGGGGAUUGUGGGCCCUGGCCAGAAUCCAGUGAGACAGUGGGUGGGGGUGCCAUGUAAACUGGUGCAGGUGGUGCACACCACUGGUCAGAGGCCCUGCCAUAGGCAUCAUAGUUUGUGAUCAUCAGCAGCUUUUUAUUAAAAAUUGAAAAAGGAGGUGGUUAGAAGAUGCCUGAUUUUAUAUUUCUUUUUCCCUUUGUAAAUGUCAGCCUCUCAACAGCUGUCUAAUCAUCAGUCAUCUCAACCAGCCUGGUGCCAAUCACAUACUUGGCUGAAACCCAGACUUCUUUCCCCAAAGAGCAGGCAGAUGAAGAUAGGUUUUUCUUUUUUCUUGAGACAUCUCACUCUGUCGCUCAGGCUGGAGUGCAGUGACGUGAUUUCAGCUCACUGCAACCUCCACCUCCCAGGUUCAAGCAAUUCUCGUGCCUCAGCCUCCUGAAUAGCUGGGAUUACAGGCACAUGCCACCACGUCCUGCUAAUUUUUGUAUUUUUAGUAGAGACAGGGUUUUUCCGUGUUGGCCAGGCUGGUCUCCCACUCCUGACCUCAAGUGAUCUGCCCUCCUUGGAGUGCUGGGAUUACAGGUGUGAGCCACUACGCCUGACCAGUUUUGGAUUUUUCUUAUUGAGAGAUAAUUUGGUUGUUACUCCUUUCCUUCAAACCUUACCAAAAUGUACAGAAGUAACUUGAACAAAGUUGAGGUUCCAAGGCAUAAGUUUCAUUGUCACUUGUUCUGUUGGUGAGCAGGUCUGUGCACACCUACUCCCAACUGCUGAGGGAGCUGAGCGGCCAAAGAAAGAGACUGACAAAUCCAGUUUCUCAGAAAGAAACAUUUAAUAGAGACUUACGAAUAGAAGCGAUGUCUCAAGCAGCCAAGAGACAGUGGAUCCCUGCAUUCAUCCUCCAGAAAGUAUUCUUUAUAUAGCAAGCUUUUAGAUUAAAGACAUGUGCAUGUCUUAGACCAUCUUGCAGAAAACUCUUGCAAAACUUGUGACCAAAGGGAGGUUAGAUAAGCAUCUUUACUUUUUAAAUUUUUAUUUAUUUUUUUGAGACAGAGUCUCACUCUGUCACCCGGGCUGGAAUGCAGAGGCAUGAUCUUGGCUCAUUGCAGCCUCUGCCUCCCGGGUUCCAGCGAUUCUUCUGCCUCAGCCUCCUGAGUGUCUGGGACUACAGGUGUGCACCACCACACCCAGCUGAUUUUUGUAUUUUUAGUAGAGAUGGAAUUUUGCCAUGUUGGCCAGGCUGGUCUUGAACUCCUGAGCUCAAGUGAUCUACCUGCCUUGGCCUCUAAAAGUGUUGGAAUUACAGAUGUGAGCCACUGUGCCCGGCUGGCAUUGUUUCUUUUAUGGGAUUGUCUAUGAUGCAUUCCUUGGUCGUCAUGGCUGUAUUAGGCUAUUCUUGCAUUGCUCUAAAGAAAUACCUGGCCAGGCAAGGUGGCUCACGCCUGUAAUCCCAGCAUUUUGGGAGGCUGAGGCAGGCAGAUUGCCUGAGCCCAGGAGUUGGAGACCAGCCUAGGCAACAUGGUUAAACCCCGUCUACCCACAUGCACACACACACUAGCUGGGCCUGGUGGUGCGCACCUAUAGUCAGUUCCAGCUACCUGGGAGGCUGAGGUGGGAGGAUCACCUGAGCUCAGGAGGUAGGGGCUGUAGUGAGCCAUGAUCGCACCACUGCACUCUUGCCUGGACAACAGAGUGAGACCUUGUCUCAAAAAAAUAAAAAAAUACCUGAGGAUAGCUAAUUUAUGAAGAAAAGAGGUUCAGUUGGCUCAUGGUUCUGCAGUCUGUACAAGCAGAGCACAGGCAUCUGCUCGGCUUCUGGGAAGGCGUCAGGAAGCUUUUAGUCAUGGUGAUUGAUGAAGCAGAAGCAGGCACAUCACAUGGCAAGAGCAGGAGCAAGAGAGAGAGAGUGGUGGGGAGGUGCCACACGCAAACAACCAGAUCUCAUAACUCAUUAUUGUGAGGACAGCACCAAUGCAUGAGGGAUCCACCCCCAUGGUCUAAUCACCACCCAGCAGGUCCAACAUUGGGGACUGCAUUUCAACAUGAGAUUCAGAGCGUACAGCAUCCAAACUGUAUCAGUGGUGAUUUUGCUUCAAGACGGUGUCACUCUUGCCAUGGAACAGGCUAUUUUCCUACAUCACUUGGGAGGGGUGCUGGCUUUAUUUUCAGCUGUGACCUCUAAAAUUCUUGUCUCAUUGAGAAUUUGGAAUGUUUAACCUUUAUUUUAUUUUUUUAAUGAGAAAUCUGAAACAUACAAAAAUAUACAGAAAAAUAUGUUUAACCCUCAUUCUAUUCCUAUCACACAGCUUUGAUAGUUACCAACCUGUGGCCAAUCAUGUUUUAUUUAUACAGCCAUAAAUAUAACACUCCUCCACGCACAUACUAUUUUAAGUAAAUAACAACUCUUAAUUUCAGCUGUAAAUAUUUUAUUAUGUAUCUUUAAAUGGCAAGAAUCCAUUUUAAAGGAGCAUAACCAUGAUAUUAUUAAUAUAUUGAAAAAAGUUGAUCAUUUCUUUUUCUUUUUUUUUUUUUUAAAGAUGGAGUUUCACUCUUGUUGCCCAGGCUGGAGUGCAAUGGUGCGAUCUCAGCUCACGCAGCCUCCGCCUCCCGGGUUCAAGUGAUUUUUUUGCCUCAGCCUCCUGAGUAGCUGGGAUUACAGGCAUGGGCCACCACACCCGGCUAAUUUUGUAUUUUUAGUAGAGACGGGAUUUCUCCGUGUUGGUCAGGCUGGGCUCGAACUCCCGACCUCAGGUGAUCCGCCUGUCCCAGCCUCCCAAAGUGCUGAGAUUACAGGCAUGAGCCACCGCACCCAGUGGAUCAUUUCUUAAUAUUGUCAAAUCUCUAGUCUGUUCAAAUUUACAUGAUUGUUUCAUGAUUUUUUUUUUUUUUUGAGACUGAGUUUUAUUCUUGCUACCCAGGCUGGAGUGCAGUGGCGUGAUCUUGGCUCACUGCAACCUCCACCUCCUGGGUUCAAGUGAUUCUCCUGCCUCAGCCUCCCAAGUAGAUGAGAUUACAGGCAUGUGCCACCACACCCAGCUAAUUUUUGCAUUUUUAGUAGAGAUGGGGUUUUGCCAUGUUGGCCAGGCUGGCCUUGAACUCCUGACCUCAGGUGAUCCACCCACCUCGGCCUCCCGAAGUGUUGGGAUUAUAGGCGUAAGCCACCGCACCUGGUCUUUUGCUGUUUUUAAAAUAACAGGUUGGUUCUCUAGUCUCUAAAGAUGACAGCUAUGUGAUUUGAGUGUUAUUAUAAUUCUUUUUUUUUUUUUUUUUUUUUUGAGACGGGGUCUUACUCUGUCACCUAGGCUGGAGUGCAGUGGUGCGAUCUCGGCUCACUGCAACCUCUGCCUCCCGGGUUCAAGCAUUUCUCCUGCCUCAGCCUCCUGAGUAGCUGGGAUUACACGCCCACCACCGCGCCCAGCUAAUUUUUGUAUUUUUAGUAGAGACGGUGUUUCACCAUGUUGGCCAGGCUGGUCUCGAACUUCUGACCUUGUGAUCCACCUGCCUCAGCCUCCCAAAGUGCUGGAAUUACUGGCAUGAGCCACUGCGCCUGGCCCUGAGUGUCAUUAUAAUGCCUAGAAUAAACAUACUGUUUAAUAUGUUCCAGCCUAUUGCUAAUAUUUUUCUUAUUGAGGCUCACAUUGCUCCAUUGUCGAAGCCCUUGGGAGCCUCUUCAGGUUACCUUGUAAGUCCUUUUGCCUCCACCCCAGUAGUCUUCAAUAGCUUUGAUAGAUGUUUUAGGUUACUGUGUACAUUUCCUGCCUAAGAUCUAUAGUCGGCCAUUUCUCCAAGGAGCACUGGUUCCAUUUAGGAGGAAAUGGUCUAGGUGCUGAGGAUGAAGCAUUAAUCUCAAUGUGAAUAAAGCUAGAAGUGAACAGUGCUGUGUAGUCCUUGAGGCUCUGAGUGGAUCUGGUUCCUCCUGUGGUCUCUGCUGAGAAUGCAGCUUCCUGUGGAAGAUGUCGAUCUUGUAACUGAAUGAUAGAGACAAUCAGAUAAAAAUGGUCCAUGUUGUAUUUGUUCGAUGUGAUCUUGUUCUCCAGUGUGUACUUUUGGUAAAAGACAUGGUAAUAAUAGGUCUGCAGGUGACACUAUUCACCUGCUCUUCCUAAGGGAUGCUGGGUCUUGAGGAACAGGCAGUAGAGACACUGAACUGCUUAUAGACUCACAUCUGGUAUCAUCAGGUUGGACCUGGGGUACUGUCUGGCUAACUAACACUUCCUGGCCCCCAUGACUGCAGAGUUCCAGGUUCUACAUCAGUACCCGGUUCUCUGAAAUAUGUACUCAUUGGGGUCUCAUGAAUAUGGAAUUGAAAUCCAUUUUACUGUUGUACUCACUUAGAGGGAACAUAGCCUUUGUUUCCUUACUUAACCAUGUGAGCCACAGAGUAAGAAGAUAACGUCUCUUUAAAAGCUGCUAUUUAGGUAGCUGCCUUCAUGGCAGAUAAAUCUUUUCCACAGGUUUGGAAAAUAUCAAAGAUGCAUCUGUUUCAUAAUUACAUGGUGGCUUUCUACCUAAUGAAUGCCUGUGUAGGCUGCUACGUAAAGCAUACAAAGAGGAUAGGAGAAGAAAGUUACUUCGUAUUUAUUUUUCAGGCUUUUCCUAUCUGUGUUCUCACUUCGUUAGUGUGGGGUUUCUGCAGACUGAGUCCCUGUGGAAGAGAGGUUGUGUCCUGCUCAUUGUGGUACAGCAGUGGCUUAAGGGAGAACUGGAGCACUGACUUCACCCCCACCCCACUCCCUUUAUUUGACCUGGGAUUAAAAAAAAAAAAAAAAAGACAACUUGCAUUUCAAGGUGAGUUAGC